GAGGCGACGAGAGUUAGAGAAGGAAGGGGUGCACACACGUCCAUCGGGUAUCAGUAGCGACGUCGAGGGUGGCCUCGUCGCCAGCUACACGCACGUUUUUGGCAACGUUCGUGGCUGCCCUUAGCCGCUGGUGUCUCAUUCGUCGCAAUGGUGUUGAUCGUGUGCACGACGUGGACGUAAGCUCUCUCGAGAGCCGGCGCGCGGCCCCACGAUCACUGCUCGCGCAGUGCUGCCGUGACGGUCGAUCGAAGCGCACCGCUGAAACCUGGGAACGAGGAAACCUUCCAUUUUAACGACACCACGAUGUAUCUGGCCGGCCGCCGCUGCGUCGUAUCCGCCCUGUGUCAACCAGCGUCCUCGCCGAACAAUCCUGAAGGGGACAGCAGGGUGGUGUAUCGUCAGGUGCCAGCGUGAAGAAGGAGAAGGUCUGGACCAGCGAUUGACCCGCUGCCUCCCUUUCUGAUCCGUGAAUACCACCUGCGUACCGACGACGAGGAGACUCUCUGUCGUCGAUAACCGGCCAAUAAACGGCGCGUAGAGAGCACGCUCGCGAGAGAGAAACAGCGUCGAACGUGGGUCACCUCCCACUCUCUCUUGCUCCCACCAAGCGUAUCGAAGGGUUCGUUGACAUCACGACUGGAAAAUUGGCUAGAGAACUCGUGGCUGUCGUAAAAGGUCAGCGAGGAUACAAAUAUAGAAACAGUCGGGCCGACACGAUCGAGACAAGGAUGGAAACUUAGCUGCUUCUCGCCACCAGGAUCCCAGCUGUGUCUCGUGGAAUCGAUAUAUACGCGAAAUAUUCCGGGCUUAACAAAUCCAAAUCCAACGUUAUAAUCUCGAUUUCAGAAGAGGAAGAAUCUCGAAACUGUAUAUAUACUGUUCAAACAAAAACUCGUAGUUCCUAUCGCGAAUCGUGUGUGUAUUUUCUCCGUCUCCACUCUUGUUAUGAUUAAAUCAGUGACAAAAAACAGACCGGCUAGUCCAAGAGCCGUAAAAUGCCUGCCGUACAAGCAAUAAACAUUGGCUCGUCUUAACCUCGAACUCUUGAUUGAACAAAAAGUGUAAAAUAGACAAACCGUAUUGUCGGUUAGUGAAACGAUCGUCUUCCACGUGUGAUACAAUACAAACUCAACCUCUUAAACGAUCAAUAUUAGUCAAAUUAUAAUAAUAAUAAUAAUAAUUUUCGACGUUGAAUAACUCGUAGAAGUCUCUCUUGCGAACGAUCGUGUCGCGAGUCGUGCGCCAAGGGGAGUUGAAGGGUGAGCUCGAGUGCAGGAGGGUGCUGACUCUUUGAACAGCGGGAGCCUUUCAAGGUGUAGGUUCCUCGUGGUUGGAGGUCUCUUCUGAUGGUACUGAGGGUGACUCAGCAUCGGUGGACGAGCGCGAACGAGCAGCGCGGUCCCCGCGAUCAGCACCACAGUCGGCGUGUCACGUCGUCAUGGCUACACGUGCUGUCACCUCGACGAUGAUCGCGUUUGUGCUCAUCCUACUCGUCGCUGGUUGGCCAACAGGCGGGCAGACAGGCUUGGUCAAAUUUUACGAAUCUGUGCCCGAUCAUCUGCAACCGGACAGGCGGAUACCCAUCAACGAUUAUGCGAUGCAUGGACCUAUCGUCGACGACCACGAGUUCCCCAGGGAUCUCAGGGAACCGUAUCCAGGCAAAAGCUUUGGACCAAUGGGCCCUAUCGAUGGCUCCCUCCCGGAUGAUGUCUCUUUUCGAAGUCUCUCCUCUGGACAAGAAAAAGGGGCGAACUCGAUCGAACUUCUAUCGUCUCAUGCUGUCGAGAAGGUCGAGAAACACAAGCCGGAGUACAAGAUCAUGUCCGUGGAGUUUCAUCGUGUGGAGACACCGUUUGUCAUUGGAAUAUGGAUCUUCUUUGCCAGCAUCGCGAAAAUAGGCUUCCACAUGACGCCGAAGCUCAGCAAGAUCUUUCCGGAAUCCUGUUUGCUGAUCGUUGUCGGCGUCGUGGUUGGUGUCCUACUGUUCCAGGCGAGCAGUGUUCACGUGUCGCCUCUCACCCCCGACACGUUCUUCCUCUACAUGCUGCCUCCCAUUAUUCUGGAUGCUGGAUACUUCAUGCCGAACCGACUGUUCUUCGACCAUCUGGGAACGAUACUUCUGUUCGCCGUCGUUGGGACUAUAUUUAACACGUUGUCGAUAGGUGCUUCGUUGUGGGUGUUGGGUAAGAGUGGUCUUUUCGGAUUCGAAACACCACUUCUGCAAAUGUUCCUGUUCUCCGCGUUGAUCAGCGCAGUUGAUCCUGUCGCCGUGUUAGCUGUCUUCGAAGAAAUCCACGUGAACGAAAUCUUGUACAUCGUUGUCUUUGGGGAGAGCUUAUUGAACGACGCUGUCACCGUGGUGCUGUACCAUAUGUUCGAGGCUUACAACGAGAUAGGGCCGGCGGAAAUACUUUAUACGGACGUGCUUUCGGGAUUGGCUUCGUUCUUCGUGGUGGCGAUCGGUGGCACGAUAAUAGGGGUGAUAUGGGGCUUUGGUACCGGUUUCGUUACAAGGUUCACCCAUCAGGUUCGCGUGAUCGAGCCCAUCUUCAUAUUCGUCAUGGCCUACCUGGCCUACCUGAACGCCGAGAUCUUUCAUAUGUCCAGCAUACUGGCGAUCACCUUCUGCGGCAUCACCAUGAAGAAUUACGUGGAGGCGAAUAUAUCGCACAAGUCGCACACCACGGUCAAAUACACGAUGAAAAUGCUGUCGAGCAGCUCGGAAACCAUCAUAUUUAUGUUCCUCGGGGUGGCGACCGUGAACAACCACCACGAUUGGAACACGUGGUUCGUCGUCAUGACCAUCGUCUUCUGCUCGAUCUAUCGCAUCGUCGGUGAGUAUGCCAGCCCCCUCAAGGUUGAGGGUGUGGAAUCAUCAAUUGUCGCGCACAUUGUCAUACAAAGAAUCCGUGACAGUAAUCGGUUUCACGUGUGUCCAAUCGACGCGUCAAACUGGACGAUACGAAACUGGAUUAAGAGGGAUAGGUCUUGUUAAUGGUAUCAAGAGAUA